GGGCGUGGUCAUGCGCCGACGUCACUACGCGCAGCCCCCGCCCCCCCGCCUGUGUGCGGACAGUAGCGGAAGUUCCGCUCCGUCGUGAACUGGGACAGCAAGCGCACCUCUUACAGUGUAUGUGUGGCAACAACAUGUCUGUGCCGCUGCUCGCCGAGGCCAUGACGGUGUCUGGGGAGGAGAAGGAGACCGCAGUGGUGAUCUUCCUCCAUGGUUUGGGAGACUCAGGGCAUGGGUGGGCCGAUAGUAUGAGGUCGAUCCAGCUGCCUCAUGUCAAGUUCAUCUGCCCCCACGCGCCCCGGAUUCCCGUCACUCUCAACAUGAAGAUGAUGAUGCCCGCGUGGUUUGACCUCAUGGGUCUCAGCCCCGACUCCCCAGAAGACGAAUCUGGAAUCAAGAGGGCGGCAGAGAACAUCAACGCCAUAAUUGAACAUGAGGCUAAAAACGGGAUCCCCCCACACCGUAUAAUGCUCGGUGGCUUCUCUCAGGGUGGGGCCUUGUCCUUGUAUACCGCCUUGACCUGCCAGCAUCAGUUGGCUGGUGUUGUGGCCCUCAGUUGCUGGCUACCACUUCACAGGAGUUUCCCAUCGGCGUCUAGCAGCAACAAGAACAUCCCGAUCUUGCAGUGCCACGGUGAGAUGGACUCCAUGAUCCCGGUAAAGUUUGGUGCCAUGACGGCGGAAAAACUCAAAUCCAUAGUCAACCCUCAGAUGAUCACCUUCAAAUCCUACCCAGGGCUCUCUCACAGCUCCUGUCCUCAGGAGAUGGCGGCUGUAAAGGAAUUUAUUGAGAAGUAUUUGCCCCGGAUCUGACCUCACCUCAUCCCUACUGUGACCCCCCUGAGACACUGACCUCUCACCCCCGAUCUGCCAUUCUCCCACAGGAAACAGCCAUGAGCACCCCACCCCACCCCUCCCCUCCUCCCCCAACUCCCCCUUUCUUCCACACACAUCGACAACAUAACAAACACACGCAUGAUCACGCACCCACAUUUUCACAAUAAAGAUUGGAUCCACACAACUAAACAAAACAUCUGCUUCUCAUGCAGUCCAAGCCAACAACACUCAUACUGAAAACAGAUCUGUCAAACACACUGAUUUGAUAAUAACAUAAUUAAGUGCUUGCACUUACAAGUCUUAGCCUUCGGAGGGAGAAACACUGACUCACACAGAACAUUCCCUUUGGAUUUAUUUAAAAACCUGUCUGUCGCCUCCAUCCUGACCCUAGUUUUACUCCACUUUUACCUCAUUUUGCUUCACCUUUCCUUUUUUUCAGCUGUCACAUCCUCCAUUGCUUCCACUGCCACGCCUUUCCUUCUCGCCAACACCUACCUGAAACUGUCUGUGACCAUACUAACUAUGUAACUCCAGUAGAGUUAGUGUAGUAUGGUCCCACAGAGUCUUGCUCAGGUGCAGUGAGCGCUGGUUUUUAAAUGGUUUCAGAUCUGGAGCAGCUGGUUUCCCACCAACCCAUCCACCCCACCGCCCUAGCACCCCAUUACAAGUACACCGCAGCCUGUCCUGGUCUUGCAUUGGUAAUCUAUGAAGGCUCCUUUUUACUGAAAUAUCUACAGGAGCCUGACAUUUCUUUUUUAAAAUGAGUGUGAUUAAAAUUUACUGCAUUAUAUGAAGAAAAUCCAAUUGAAAUAAAAGAAAACUAAUCAAUCGA